UUGGACUAUAAAAACGUGCGCACUAAUAACGUGUGAUCAGCGUGGGACAUUAACUCCAAACACUUGGUCCAACCCUCACCGCGGGAUCCUUUUGAAACUUUUCCCACACGUUGGAGACAAUGCGUCUGUCUCAAUUACCCUUGUGUUUGACUUUGCUGGUGGUUUUUUUGGCUCCAGUCGCCCUGAGCGACCGAGAGACGCACCCGCAGCCUUCCAGCACCAGUCCGGAGGACUCCGAGCAGUGCUCCACCUGCGACGUCCGCCAGCAAAUCAAAACCAUGCGGCUGAACGCCAUCAAAUCUCAGAUUCUGAGCAAACUGCGAAUGAAAGAGGCUCCCAAUAUUAGCCGCGAUGUUGUGAAGCAGCUCCUGCCUAAAGCGCCGCCGCUGCAGCAGCUUCUCGACCAGUACGACGUACUGGGAGACGAUAACAAGGAUGUGGUGAUGGAGGAGGACGACGAGCAUGCAGUCACCGAGACUAUAAUGAUGAUGGCUACUGAACCUUCGACUGUCGUCCAAGUAAAAGGAGAACCAAAAUGCUGUUUCUUCUCCUUCACCCAAAAGUUUCAAGCCAGCCGUAUAUUCCGGGCUCAGCUAUGGGUCCACCUGCGUCCCGCUGACGAGGCUACCACAGUCUUCCUGCAAAUCUCCAGACUGAUGCCGGUUUCAGACGGCAACAGACACAUAAGGAUCCGCUCCUUGAAGAUCGACGUGAAUGCUGGAGUUAGUUCUUGGCAAAGUAUAGACGUCAAACAAGUGCUGACCGUGUGGCUGCGUCAGCCGGAGACCAACUGGGGCAUCGAGAUAAACGCCUUUGACAACAGAGGGAAUGAUUUGGCCGUGACAUCCGCUGAGCCAGGAGUAGAAGGACUGCAACCGUUCAUGGAGGUGAAGCUCUCAGAAGGCCCCAAACGCAUGAAAAGAGACUCCGGCCUGGACUGUGAUGAAAACUCUCCAGAGUCCAGAUGCUGCCGUUAUCCACUCACAGUAGACUUUGAAGACUUUGGCUGGGACUGGAUUAUCGCGCCAAAGCGUUACAAGGCCAAUUACUGCUCAGGGGAGUGUGAGUACAUGCAUUUGCAGAAGUACCCGCACACCCACCUUGUGAACAAAGCCAACCCCAGAGGGAACGCGGGCCCAUGCUGCACCCCUACCAAGAUGUCGCCCAUCAACAUGCUCUACUUUAAUCGCAAAGAGCAGAUCAUCUACGGCAAGAUCCCCUCCAUGGUGGUGGACCGUUGUGGGUGCUCUUGAGCCACCACUUCGAGCCUGAUAAGGGAGGCAGGAUUUAGGGGCCUUCACUACAGACUUUUUGAUCUAAACACCAAUUCCAGUACUUUCCUGCAGAACACAGUGCAAUAGAACCACACUAGAGGUCCCAAUAAGCUUUGACAUGUGUCAUACUGUAGCUCCUUUUUUUUUCUUUUCCGGUGAAAUGUUAGCCAUACAGGCUUAAUGGAGGAUGCAAAAAUACACACACAUGAAUGUAGACAGAAACGAUCAGUUCUUCGACUCAAUGGUCUGUGCUUAAUACUGUUUCUCCCUUUCACCCACCUAAAAACACUCAACUCACAACUUAAGGAGUCCAAAUGCUCCUCAAAGCCAAAGAGCUUUCUGGCGUAUUUUUUUACCGUCUAGAACAGGGGUCGGCAACCUUUAUUAGGUGCUUUUCAGAAAAUGGGCGUUCUGAAAAUGUCUUUCAACCCCUUUUUUGUUGUUUCUCGCCACAUAGCAAGCAUAUAGAUGGUUAUAAUGGUUAGCUUACGGCUGGUGGGACAAUACUUCUGUCACGUAUCAAAGAACACAAGCAGGCAAACAGCAUCUUCCUCUCACUUCCUCAGAACUCAGCCAUGAUGCAUUUAUGGUCUUGCAGAAAGUCAGUUAUUUUUGUGCAUUUUCCCUUAGUAAGUAUUCAAGCUUUACGAAGGGAGCCACAACAAGGAGGAUGGAGAGCCGCGGGUUGCCGACCCCUGGUCUAGAAGAACAUCAUGUGAUCAUCACUCACAUGUAUUGUGGUCGUAAAAUCCUAUUUACAGCGUCAAAGAACUUGAACUGAAGGCACAAGGAAUGCAGUGUUAAAGAUAGAAAUAGAUUAUCAGUACGUAUGAAUGUGGACGUAAUAAUCUGUACAAUGCAGUUUGCACUAUGGCACACCAAUAGAAAGAAUUGGUUGCUACCAAAAACUUGUUGUAAAAACUGAUUUUGAUAUGUUUGUAAUGUGUACAUACUGUAUGCCUUUGUUUCCUUUAGGAGUUGCUUUUCUGAACCACUUUUGGUAAAAAAUAAUAAACGACAGUCUAACAAGAUGGCAGAUGUGAUGUAGC